CGUCAUCAGAGAAGCAGGCUGUGACAUUCUCGGAGUUUGUGCAACUCAUCAUUUAUCCCAGUGUGUGUCUGCAUAAGCAGGGUGGCAGCAUAUCACACACUCGCGUGUACAUCACCGUGCCUUCACCAAAUUUGUCAUUGCACAAAAGCCGUGGAAUACCCGGCUGGGUUACGACUGGCCAAACAAUCUGCUACAAUAUUUGACAAAGUGCUUUCAUUGUCUUCAGGAAACAAAUAGGUCGAAUGCCCACCCGAAUCUCUGAGGCACUUAAGGCAGCAUCUUGUGCUUCCAGUCUGAAUCGGCGCACCGACCUCCGUCUACCAUGCCGGACAACUCCCCCACGAGCGAUACCAAGUCGCAGGAUCUUCUCUAUGCCACCCCAAGGCAGCAUCAAGGCCAGCAAUCAUCCAGCAACAACCCGCAAUCGUGGCCAAGAUUACGAAAAUGGCCCGUUGUGGGCUUAGUAGCGUACUGCGAAUGUCUCACAUUCCUCGUAUCGAUGAUGCUAGCACCCAGUAUUCCGCAAGUACUGCAAACCUUUCGGCCAGAUGGGAGUGGUAAGGCUCUGGGCUCCUUCUGUGUGACAGUUUACAUUCUGGGGUUCAUCGUCGGACCCCUCAUAUUGGCGCCACUUACCGACCAUUACGGGCGUGUCGGUAUCUAUCGCUUGUAUAUCAUAGCGUAUCUCGGUUGGACGGUGGCAUGCGCCCGCAGCAACAGUCUGGAGAGCCUGAUUACUUUUCGAUUCCUGGCAGGCUGCUUUGGUGGCGCUCCCAUGGCCAUUGGGAGGGCCGUGGUUGCAGACCUUUAUGUGCCGGGAGAAAGGCCUGGGCCAAUGGCAUUCUACUCUUUUGGAACCAUCAUGGGCCCAACCCUCGGCCCCAUCCUAGGCGGUAUAGUAAACGGGAAUCUUGGCUGGCGAUGGGUGUUCUGGUUGGCAGCAAUCUUGGCUGCUGUUGCUGCUGUUGGCUUAUUAUUCUGGCUACCAGAGACGCAUCAACCAACAAUCGAACGCUUAUUGGCGGCAAGACCGCAUGAGUCUCACCGAAACCAACAGCAAUACGGCAGGGGACUUUUGGUGAGGCUGCCUGCUUUCGAUGACCUUGGCCGGACUCUAUGUCGUGCGUGGCUACUCCCAAUGAAAGUCGCGAGCAAGUUGAUUUGCCUAGUACCCUUCCUAAUGAUCUGCGUUUUCAAUGGAACUGUCAACAUGAUUUUAUCGUCUCUGGGCACUGUUUAUCAGAGUCAGUAUGGAUUUCCAGCACAGACCGUGGGUUUAUCGUACCUGGGAAUUGGAAUUGGGGGAAUUAGUGCUCUGGCAUUGUCAAAGAAGAUGAUGCGAAGUAUUUCAACGCGAUUCCCCGAGGAGGAAGACAGGAAACAUGCAAGUCUCUUACUUUUAGCGUCGGGGGCGCUUCUACUUCCAGUGCUGGGCCUUCUGUGGUACGGAUGGUCCGUUGCAAUGCGCACACAUUGGAUCGUGCCCAUCCUGGGACUGUAUUUCUUUGGCUUCGGUUACAUGGCUGUACAGCUUUCUCUGCUACUCUUUGUUGUCGAGUCCGUACCGGGCUUUGCAGGCUCCGCUGGAGCUGCUUUCACCGUCGCGUCGUCUGUAGGGGGAUCUCUCAUCCCUUUGUCGACCUUUCCACUUUACCAAAAGGUUGGUUAUGGAUGGGGGAACACAACAAUUGCUUGCAUUGAAGUACUUCUGUGUGCCACAUCUAUAACCAUGUAUACGUGGGUGAGGAAAGCUGGAGCAGAGCUAUCUUUGAGGGUUUACAUGGACAGAUAGCCAAUAUCCUAGACUAUUAAGAAAUCUCCAUGCU